GGGGGUGAAUGCAAGCAAAAUCUGCACCAGUGUGCUGUUUGCAGGCAAGGAAAAAGAGCAUCUGCCAGCAAAACUUGAAGGUUUGAAGCCCUGGGUGGCUUUUUGCAUCCAGAGGCCAGAUCCUGCCAAGUGCUGGGUAUGGCAGGGACUCUCCAGCCAGCCCCGUGCCUGCUGGGGUUGUUCUUUGCAGGGGAAAACGCUGCAAGGGUCUCUGACUCUCAGGGCACCCAUCACCUGCCUACCUCUGGAGCCAGCCGAGGUGGAGAAGCCCAGGGGAAUUGCAGCCCAGAGGUCUCCGUGACCGCAGCGUCCACAGGGCAGGUGCCAGGUCCUUCCCACGCAAGGGGUGAUGAUGCCUUGGUCCCAGAGCUGGUGCAAGAUGCUCGUGGAGAUGCCCCGGGGGAGAUCUGCUGGGUCCCAGGGGCCUGUGGUGUGGUUGUGCCCCCAGCUGCAGGAAGGAAGGCUGGAGGGGGAUGUAGAGGCGAAGGCGCCGGACCAGCAGCUGCUUCUGGCCAAGCCACAUCUCCCUGGCCACCGACGGGGUGGCCACGCUGGCUUUGUCCUCACGCUCGGAGCCAGUUUGUGCCGCGUGAUCCAUCCCCCUCUCCUCCAUCCUCCCCCUGGCGCCCUCCGUCUGCUCCAGCCCUGCGCCUCUUUGGCCAGUCGCUGGGUGUACCGUGGAAGCCCGUGGUUGGCACUAAGGUAAGGCCUUGA